AUGCAUCGAACUGUUCUUGAAAAAAAUCAAGUAAUUAAAACUAGAGUGUAUCUGAAUUGUAAGUCCCUGAAUACCAUCCAUGUUUUUUUGAUUCUGCAUGACUACAUGAAUAUAUUUGUUGAAGAACGGUCUGGCGAAGACCAAUAUCUCAAAAAUACAGAUUCGGUGCAAAGUAUUCUUGUGUCAAACGAAGAAGUCAGGGUUGGUCGAAGACACGUGUGCAUCAGCUGUCAGAAAGAAGGCGUCGUCUGCACGUAUCAAGUGGCUGUAUCAUCGUCUGCUUCUGAUCGUUACCACAUUCGUUACCACAUUGUUACCGCUUACCGAAUAUCCAGUUUUGAAUCAGUGCCAGUGAUGCACGGUCGUGUGAAGGUACGAACAACGGCGGAGCAGGAAGAAUUGAAGAAAAUUGAAAAGGCCCGAAAGGUCGUCCAGUAUAAAUCUGGAAUUAAUCUGAUUUUUAACAAGAGAAAGCAGGGCAUCUGGGAUGAUGAAAUACUCCUUGUAUCGGAACAGAUGAUUUUAAAAAAUUCAGAUAUCUAUACUCUGUGGAAUAUAAGAAGAGAAGCCUUUGGCGCAAUAAAAUGGAACGAAGAAGAACGAAUUGAGCAAUUAAAAAAGGAGCUUGUCUUAACGGAACAGUGCUUACGAGAAAAUCCAAAAUCAUACAGUGUUUGGCAUCAGAGAUGCUGGGUGAAUGAUCAUCUUCCAGAGCCAGACUGGGGAACAGAAUUGUCUCUGUGUACAAAAUGCCUGAAUCUUGAUGAAAGGAAUUUUCACUGCUGGGAUUACCGACAAUAUGUUGUUAAAAAAGCUGGCAUACCAGAUGAUGAGGAAUUCAAGUUUUCAACCAUCAAAAUUGAGAGUAAUUUCUCAAACUAUUCAUCGUGGCAUUAUCGAAGUCUGAUACUACCUAAAAUGUUUCCUGAUAAGUCAGAGGAACUGCCUAUCGAUGAAAAGAAACACGCAGAAGAACUGGAUCUUGUCAUGAAUGCCACUUUUACUGAUCCGAAUGAUACGAGCGCCUGGUUUUACCAGAGAUGGUUAUUGAGCUCUACACAGAAGCCACGCCAAACUUUGUGGAGGAUAAAGCUAGCCAAUCAUCGAGUAGUGAUUGUGUUUAACAAGGCAGUUUCUUUGAACAAAGCAAAUAUUCUUGUCGAAGUAAACAAUGAACAACUGAAUACAGAGUUCAAGUCUUAUGGAGAUAAAAAAUUCUCACCUCUGUGGAUAGCGAGGCUUCCCCAAGAUUCAAUGAAUGAGCCAAAACGACAUAGCAUAGUCAAAGUUAUUCAUGACGGGAUUAGUUAUCUGUUGGAAUGGUUUCCAGAGGAAGAAGGCUGGCUCUAUAAAAGUGAACUGCCUCGUGAUCGAAAACGCAAUGUGAAACAAUUGCAAAUACAGCUCGACAAUUACAAACAGCUAGCUCAAAUCGAACCAAACAACAAGUGGGCACUACUCACGGGAAUAAUUUUAAUGAAGAACAUCGAUCCGAUCAAGUUUCAUAAGACAAUAUUAACCGAUUUAGAUGCAUUGGUUCGCAUCGAUAAACUUAGAGCUACAUACUACAGAGAUUUGAGUAGCAAGUACACAAUAGAUUUCACACUAGAAAAUCUCUGUGUAAAUCAAAGCGAUAGUUGGACCAGUUCGAGCUUGGAUUUAUCCUGCAUGAAUUUGACUACGCUUUACCGGGAAGAGUACUUUAGUUUUGCAGAAGAAAUACACCUUGGUGGUAAUCAGUUGGGUGAUUCACUCCACCAAUUAUGCACGUUCCAGUCAUGCGUUAAGUUAUCAUUGUCCAGUAAUGGUAUAAGUUCACUACGUCAAUUUCCCCGGCUCGAAUCUUUGAGGUUUUUGUCUCUCAGAAAUAACGAAAUCUCCAGUAUCGAAGAGGUCCUUGAUCUUGUUAAAAAUAACAAUUUAACAGAUCUCGACAUACGCGAUAAUCCUGUCUUUGAAUCCUCUGAACUCCUGCCUCAGUUAGCCAACAUUUCACCAAUGCUCAAAGUGUACGUGAAUGAAGAGAGUAAUCAUGAAAGUACAUUGACCAAUCCACCUAUUGACCUUGAGUCAACAUUCGAUCAAUAAUGAUUGCACAAAAUCCGAUUUUCAGUGCCUGCCUACAUUCUAAUAUUUAAGUCGCAUCUAAUGUCACAAGGAAUUUUCCAAUCAACUAUGCGUGUAUUACAUAGAAGUCGAAUCUUGUACUUCCGCACUAGUGGAGUUUAUGUGUACAUUUGUGUACGGUCGUUGAGACUUGAAGUGCUUCGCAAAUAAACAUUCACGCCUAAUAACAAAGACGAAUUAUUUUCACGUUCUGUACGCACAAUCUGAACAUAACAGGUGAGAGGAUAAGUAAAAAUAUGAAUUAUUUUACAAUCAAGUCGAUUGUUUAUCAGGAAUAAUCAGUGUACAUAGAUGUCAAGCACCCUGUGGUACUGUAAUAAGGAAAGUUGCUCUCAAUUACAUGCCAAAUAAUGGAACAUUUAACUGUUGUCAGCAAUGUUCUGGUUUAUCCAGUCGACAAAUGAGGCUGUUCUUGUGAAAACAGAUGGGGUUCCUGGUGAUCCACAAGGAUGUAGUCCCCAGGAAACGAUACCGACAUGUUCCCAGACUCCUUCAACUUCCUGGACAAGCGGUCCACCAGAGUCACCCUGUGAAAUUAAUAGAAGAGAGGAAUAGAAAUAAACUAAAAAACAACAGAUACUUGGGACAAUAAAGAUAAACCUUAUCAAUUAUCAGAACUCACAGAGCACAUGGAGAUCCUUGAGUCUUCAACGUCACCAGUACAGAUGUUUGUAGGCCUUAGAGGCAGGUCACCACUGACAUGGCUGGCGAGGAUUGCCAAGCAUUCUGAGUUUGAGAUGACAGGAACUACGAUAGUUUGCAAUAUUGAGGGCAUAACUGAGCUGGAAGUAAGGGAUGUCGAACCCCAUCCGGAGGCCACUACAUUUCCGGUAUGGACUGCAUUUGCUGGAGGCAGGUUGACGGGAGUAACUCGUUCAUUCAAGGUGAAAGGUGUAGCGAGUUUGAUCAGCGCGAUAUCAUUGGGGUUGACACCUCUAAACA